AUGGCAUCUGCUCAGGAGGAUUUGAUUGACUACGAAGAAGAGGAAGAUUUGGUUCAGGACCAAUCUGCUCAAGGAACUACUACUACAACAGAAGCUACUGAAAAUGGUGAAAAAUCCGACAAGAAAGGUUCUUACGUUGGUAUCCACUCCACAGGUUUCCGUGACUUUUUGUUAAAGCCUGAACUUCUUCGUGCAAUCACGGACAGCGGAUUUGAACACCCUUCUGAAGUGCAGCAGGUCUGCAUUCCUCAAUCCAUUUUGGGAACUGACGUUCUCUGUCAAGCUAAAUCUGGUAUGGGUAAAACAGCCGUUUUCGUCUUGUCUACCCUUCAGCAAAUUGAACCUGUUGAUGGUGAGGUUUCUGUUUUAGUCCUGUGCCAUACUCGUGAGCUUGCCUUCCAAAUCAAGAAUGAAUAUGCUCGUUUCAGUAAGUAUUUGCCUGAUGUUCGUACUUCUGUUUUCUAUGGCGGUAUCAACAUCAAGCAAGAUAUGGAAGCUUUCAAAGACAAAACCAAGGCACCACAUAUUGUUGUCGCUACCCCUGGACGUUUAAAUGCCCUUGUUCGUGAGAAGAUUAUGCGCGUGAACAAUGUUAAGCACUUUGUUCUUGAUGAGUGUGACAAGCUUUUAGAUAGUGUUGACAUGCGUCGUGAUAUUCAAGAGGUUUUCCGUGCCACUCCUCCUCAAAAGCAAGUUAUGAUGUUUAGUGCUACUCUUUCUAGCGAAGUCCGUCCUAUUUGCAAGAAGUUUAUGCAAAACCCUCUAGAAAUUUAUGUUGACGAUGAAACGAAGCUUACUCUUCACGGUCUUCAACAACACUAUGUUAAGCUCGAUGAGAAGGAGAAGAACAGAAAAAUUAACGAUUUGCUAGACUCUUUGGAAUUUAACCAAGUGGUCAUUUUUGUAAAGUCCGUUAGCCGUGCUAACGAAUUGGACCGUCUUCUACGAGAAUGCAAUUUCCCUUCUAUUUGCAUUCAUGGUGGUCUUCCUCAGGAGGAGCGUAUCAACCGCUACAAAGCUUUCAAAGACUUCGACAAGCGUCUUUGUGUAGCUACUGAUGUCUUUGGUCGUGGUAUCGAUAUCGAACGUGUCAACAUUGUAAUUAAUUAUGACAUGCCCGAUUCUCCUGAUACUUAUCUUCAUCGUGUCGGUCGUGCUGGUCGUUUCGGUACCAAAGGUUUGGCUAUUACAUUCGCUGGCUCUGAUGAAGAUUCUCAAAUUUUGGACAAAAUCCAGGAACGCUUUGAAGUUAAUAUUAACGAGCUUCCCGAUGAAAUUGAUGUCAGCUCUUACAUGAAUGCUUAG